AUUUAUCUGCGGAUGCCUCUAUAUGGUCAGAGGCCCAGAUCGCAUUCGAGAUCAACAUUCAGUUGGAUGUAAGCAAGUGACCUGUUUGGGUGUCGUGGGUCGGCGAUAGCAAACCAAAUAGAUCGAUAAUCAAAAAAGCAUCAAGGGAUAGUAUUUUAUAAGGGUCUUCACAAAAUGUCCAUUAAUUGUGGGAAAGAUGGCGACGGAGGAGGAGAUCACCAAAAACAUUGCCAAAUUGAGAUGGGUAAACUAUUAUGUCCCAAAGACUUAACCACUACAGGACAAUCGGUAACGGACACAGCAGUCACGUCUACUAAUCACCAAUUAACCACAGUGCAGCUUCCGGAUCGCGGAAGUUGGAGCUCAAAAUUGGAUUUCAUAUUAUCUGUAGUUGGACUGGCAAUUGGCUUGGGAAACGUCUGGCGUUUUCCAUAUUUGUGUUACAAAAAUGGAGGUGGCGCUUUUCUACUUCCAUAUAUUAUUACAUUAUUCUUAGCUGGUAUUCCGAUGUUUUUUAUGGAACUGGCGCUUGGCCAAAUGUUAACAAUCGGUGGAUUGGGUGUGUUCAAAAUAGCGCCAAUAUUCAAAGGAAUCGGGUAUGCCGCUGCCGUAAUGUCCUGCUGGAUGAACGUCUACUAUAUUGUUAUAUUGGCUUGGGCUGUAUUCUACUUCUUCAUGUCAAUGCGAGCGGAUGUACCCUGGCGUACCUGCAACAACUGGUGGAAUACCGUUAAUUGUGUUAAUCAGUAUGAGAGGAAGAAUCUACAUUGUUGGGAUAAAAUCAUCAAUGGAACAGCUAACAAAGUUUGCACAGUGGCCGCCACAAAUAUUUCAUCCACAGAACUUACAGAUCCAGUCAAAGAAUUUUGGGAGCGACGUGCUCUACAAAUAUCCUCGGGAAUUGAAGAAAUUGGAAACGUUCGCUGGGAACUAGCGGGUACUCUUCUUCUUGUUUGGAUACUUUGCUACUUUUGUAUUUGGAAGGGAGUGAAAUGGACCGGAAAAGUUGUUUAUUUUACUGCACUCUUCCCCUACGUUUUACUGACGGUCCUACUAAUUCGUGGCAUUACUUUACCUGGUGCCCUCGAAGGUAUCAAGUUUUAUAUUAUUCCCAACUUUUCAAAACUAUCAAGCUCCGAGGUUUGGAUCGAUGCGGUGACACAAAUUUUCUUUUCUUAUGGCCUGGGUCUGGGAACUUUGGUGGCACUCGGCAGCUAUAACAAGUUUACCAAUAAUGUCUACAAGGAUGCCCUAAUUGUUUGCACUGUCAACUCGAGUACAAGUAUGUUUGCCGGAUUUGUAAUAUUCUCUGUUAUCGGAUUCAUGGCUCAUGAGCAGCAAAGACCUGUGGCAGAAGUAGCAGCAUCUGGACCUGGAUUAGCAUUCCUGGUAUAUCCGUCAGCGGUAUUGCAGCUUCCUGGUUCUCCAAUGUGGUCGUGUCUAUUCUUUUUCAUGCUUCUUCUAAUUGGCUUGGACUCACAGUUUUGCACUAUGGAAGGCUUUAUUACAGCUAUUAUAGAUGAGUGGCCACAACUUUUAAGGAAACGCAAGGAGAUUUUUAUAGCGAUCGUUUGUUUCUUAAGCUACUUAGUUGGAUUAACUUGCAUAACACAAGGCGGCAUGUAUAUUUUCCAAAUAUUGGAUUCAUACGCUGUUAGUGGCUUCUGCCUGCUAUGGCUUAUAUUCUUUGAGUGUGUCUCAAUAUCCUGGUGCUAUGGCGUUGACCGAUUUUACGAUGGCAUUAAGGACAUGAUUGGAUAUUAUCCCACGGUGUGGUGGAAAUUCUGCUGGUGUAUUACAACACCCGCCAUAUGUUUGGGAGUUUUCUUCUUUAAUAUAGUGCAAUGGACGCCAAUCAAAUAUCUGGACUACAGUUAUCCAUGGUGGGCACAUGCAUUUGGCUGGUUCACUGCAUUAUCUUCGAUGCUUUAUAUUCCGGUAUAUAUGAUCUGGUUGUGGAAGCGGACGCCAGGAGACUUAUGCGAUAAAAUACGUUCCAUUGUUCGAAUUGAUGAGGAUAUUCCACGGUUACGUGAAAAAAUGCAAAGGGAAGCUUAUGCUAAGGAGAUUGCGGCGGAAUCAUUAUAGGCUUAAGUAAAAUAUUUUGAAAAUACUUGAAGUAUUUUUAAAGGUAUUUCAACAGCAUCGCUUCAUAUUGCCUAAUUUCAUAAGUUUUUGAUAUUUUUGCAGUUGUAGAUCGUAUUUCAAUAAUAAUAAUAUUAUGUUAUUGCAUUAAAACCGUUAAAUGUUUAUAAGCAUUUCGUGUUUUUAAAUAAUAAUUUUGGAUUUUAAGUAACAAUGUGUU